AUGGAUGACCUGCUCGCGCAGGUCGGGGUGUACCUCGAGCUGGGGCGCUUCCUCAACGUGGACCUGUUUGAGAAGGGCCACUAUGCCGUGCGAUGCACGUUGCGGCCCACCCACAAGCGCGCCGUUGUCCAUUGCGCCUCGUCCAUUCAUUCCCAGCGCCAAAUCGCCAAUGGCGACCUUUAUGGCAACGGUUCGUCAGUGCCACCCCCGACCAUGGCCCCAUCGCCCAUGCCCAUCGUACCAGACAGACUUGUGUGUUCACGCUCACAACGCCCAUCACAUGCCGCCAUCAAUGCUUGUCAGGUCGCUUUCUUGGAUAUGGCGAGGUACAGCAAAGAAGCCUGCCACCUAGACACGGCUGCUACCAUCGAUCUCGUCCUACCCUACCGUCUCUAUGACUCACCGCAGGGUGUGGCCACUGUGACCUAUGAGUUACUCUUUCAUGAGGAGGACCCGCUGGCCCUCAAAGCCGUUGCAUCCCACACACUCGUCAUCCACGGUGCUCACUGCCGCCGACGAGCCUGGGCUCAAGCCCUGACUUUUGACUAUCUUCACACCGCAAGCAUCGACACGCAGGUUCACGCCUAUCUGUUGGGGCUCACCACCUAUGAUCUAACCCCCGAGCGAGAUAUCCUACCCAUAUUGCCUGACCAAACCCAGGAACUGGUCCUUCAGCACGCCGUCCAGUCGUACUUUGGCACCAGUCAGUCGGACGUGUCGUGGGAGGCGCCGCAUCGUCGCGCCCGCAUGCUUUACAAGGGCGUACUACAGCAUUUGAACUUGGGUGGCGGUCAGCUUGUCGACCUUCUUGUUGUCUGCCAGGACGAAGUCAACGUCGACGACGUCACCCUUGACCUCAGCACUCUCACCCACCAACAUCCUGAACUUCAAACCGGGGCUCUCGGCCCCGAGCUUGCUGAAAACGUCGUUCGGGCGCUGCUCUCCGCGGUCCGACAAGUUCAACAGCGCUGGCAUGAGUUUAUUGCCCAAGUCGCAUUCAACAACCACUCCUUUACCUAUCUCUGCCGCGAACUUGAGCUGCUGACUUUGCGCUGGCUUCGCAAGGGCUGCUUCUUUGCGCCUCACCGCUUGGGACACGCAUCCAUUACCGAUGAUGAACUGAGCUUGGUACCACUGCGUCCUGCUCGGAGCCGGCGCAGCUCGCGCACUUCACAGGCCAGCUCCCUUCACGCCUCUCUGACCAGUCAGGAGCUACAUCAGGCUCUUGCUUCCACCUCAGAGGCCCUGUCUCCAGCCGUAGGUGAAGGCGGCGUAGCAUCUCGGCGCACUGACCGCCACUCUUCCAGCUCCGUGGGCAUGGCCGAUGACGAAGUCUUUACUGCAUCUGGCCCAGAGGUCGUGAGUGCGAUGGCCACGUCGUGCUUGCCCGUGUUUGCCUGCAGCACCCCGCUCCGAGGUAUCUCGCCGCCGCCCUCAUCAAGUGCACGGCGUGGACGCGGGCGUCAGUUACGCGAUGAUCUGGAGUGCUUGCAAGGGUUUGCCGUGGAUCGGCUCGGGGCAAAUGCUGACCUCGAUCGAGACGAUGGCCAGGGCUUGCUGUUUGUGGGUGUGCACGGACUGGGUGGAAAUGAGUAUGACCUGCGUCUGUAUCGGCUCGAGUUGAGCCGCCACUUUCCCAAAGCCCACUUUCACAUGGCCAGCAUGGGGUCGGUUGAUGGGCAGACACAUGCUUCACUGGACGAACUGGGACUCUCCUUGUUGGAGCAAGUGGAGCGUGCCUUGCUGCGGCAUAAGCCCACCCACGUCAGCUUCCUUUGUCACUCUCUGGGUACAUUGGUAGCUCGUACCAUGCUCCAAUUACCUCAGGCUCAGGCGCUCUUUGCUCUCGGAGAGGACAAGAGUGCGCCCAGCGCCAAGCCUCGACUACAGCUGUUUCUUUCGCUGGCUGGCCCUCAUCUCGGUGUGGCACAUCUCGGGGGACUGGUGGGUGCGGGCAUGUGGCUUCUCUCGCGCUUCACUCGCAGCACCAGUAUCCCCCAGCUGGAGCUGAAAGAUCAUCCCGACGCCACGCAGACACGGGUGUAUAAGUUGAGUGAGGAUACAGCGCUACGGCACUUUGCCUACGUGGUAUUGGUUGCAUCACCGCAGGACGGUUACGUGCCGACGACUUCAGCCUUGUUGCUUCCAGAUCGUCGUGCGGAGCGCGAUGGUCGCAUUGGGCCAGCUUAUGAUCGCAUGCGUCGCAACCUGAUGGGAGCACUGAUUGCCUCGGCACGUGUGCGCUUGCUUCGAAUUCAGGUGACCUUCAAGCCAGCAGGGGCGUCUCUGGCCUCCACGAUUGGGCGGGCUGCCCAUGUUGCACUGCUGGAUAGCUUGCCUUUUAUUCGAAAACUUUUGGCCAGCCAGUUGAAUGUCUUUCAACGCGACCCAGUCAACUAG